AUGUUUGAUUAUUUGAUCGGCAUAUUGAGUCGUCUUUAUUACUUUAUGUUUGAUCGGCUCAUUCUCUAUCCACUGUUACGCUUGGCAGCCGCCAAAUUCAACAUACGCUUCAUGAACCUGGGCUACCACUGCUCUGCUGUUGAAACAUUUUUCCCAUUCUUUGAACUAUUCACCAAAGAUGAUGACUGCAAAGCCAAUAUUGCACUUUAUGAAAAAACAUUAAGUUUGUGUCCGAAAUAUCCUAGCUUUGAAGGAUUAAAAUUGCUGGAAGUCGGUUGCGGUCAGUGCGGUGGAAUCGAUUGGAUUUUGAGGUAA